CCCCCUCAAAAAGAAGAUCGGGGUCGCGCUUUCGCCACCCCGGCUCUCUUCGCCCCUUUCGAAAACACUGGCGGGAAACGCGCGGAGCCAGCGAAAGUUACGGUGCUUAAGAGAUUGCUGAACAGCCAGAAGAUCAUCCUGUGAAUCUUUCAGUGUUCAUAUCUUCAUGGAUUUCUGUAAUCGAUUAAUUUCUCCGUAUAUCCACUUCCCUGUUUCGUGAGAGUAUUAGCCAGCACAGAUUCUGGGAAAAUUACAUGGUGUGAACGGAAUGUCUGUGGAUGAGAAGACUGAAUCCCCCAUGUAUGUGUAUGAGUCAACAGUCCAUUGUACCAAUAUCCUCCUAUGCCUCAAUGACCAACGGAAGCAGGAUAUUCUCUGUGACGUGACUUUGAUUGUGGAGGGCAAAGAAUUCCGAGCCCAUCGGGCUGUGCUGGCUGCAUGCAGCGAAUACUUCUUGCAGGCGUUAGUCGGGCAAACAGAAAAUGACCUGGUUGUCAGUCUGCCAGAAGAGGUCACUGCCAAGGGAUUUGGUCCGUUGUUGCAGUUUGCCUACACUGCUAAGCUAUUACUCAGCAGAGAGAACAUACAAGAGGUCAUCCAUUGUGCCGAAUUUCUACGUAUGCACAACCUGGAGGAUUCCUGCUUCAGCUUCCUUCAGACCCAGCUGCUGAACAAUGAAGAUGGCCUGUUCCUGUGCAAAAAGGAUCUCACCUAUCAGCGGAUGCAUGAAGAUGAAAACUCAGAGGGAGAAAAGGAAGAAACUAUGGAGUCAGAGACUUCAAAGAUAUCUUGCUCAAGAGAGAGAAUGCACUCGGAGCCCUUUGACUUUGAACCCGCCAUGUCUGGAGCCAGUAAGGAAGAAGGGAUGCUGCCAGACCCGGAAAUACUGGAUGAUGGCAAGGAUAGUUUGGAUAAAGAAGUAGUAACACGGUACCCCAGGUAUAAGAAAUACCAGCUAGCUUGUACCAAGAAUGUCUACAACGCAUCACAUGUUAGUACCUCAGGUUUCACAAGCACAUUCAAUGAAAAAGGUUCAGGUGAUGACCUCAAACCAGAACUUGCUGUCGGGCAAAUUAAAAGUGAGCCUAGGAAUGAGGAAAAUGAUGAAGAAAACAUCACACUUUGCCUCUCUGGAGAUGAGACUAGUGUCAGGGAUAAAGAAGGGGAUGUUGAAAUGGACCGAAAGCAACCAAGUCCCAAUGGAGCUGGCAGGUCUAAAAAUAGUUCCUCUCCUUCCUGCCUAAGAUCUUUCUUCAACCGAACAAAAACUAUAGACUUAGAUGGCUUCCCAAGUACUUCCCAACAGCACUUUGCCAGAAAUCCAGCAUGCCCUUUUGACAAGGGGACAACUCAGGGUGACCAUAAAGCUGAUUAUGUCCCUUUUGUGGGCAGUUAUGGGCUCUCCCAAGCUGUUCAGAAGGAUGCUUCCAAUUUUACAGUGGGAUCACCUUUAAGAGGUCCUGGCUUUGUUGAAGGUCUCUGUAAGCAGGAAGGUGAGGUGGACAGGAGGACCGUUAUAUUCUCUUCAAAUGUUUGUGACCAAGUAAACACUUCGGUGCAUUCAUAUUCUGGCAUGAGCAGCUUGGAUAAAGACCUCACCGAGACUGUGCCAAAAGGUCUGUGGGCAGGAAGCAGCCAAUCUCUUCCCAGUUGCCAGACCUAUGCUCAUAUUGGACAAACAGCUGACCACUUCCCAGGACGGAUGCGGCCCAACACCAGCUGCCCAGUGCCAAUUAAAGUUUGUCCUCGGUCUCCUCCUCUGGAAACCAGAACAAGGACCUCCAGUUCAUGUUCCUCCUACUCUUAUGCAGAGGAUGGCAGCGGUGGUUCUCCCUGUAGCCUGCCUCUGUGUGAGUUUUCAUCUUCCCCCUGUUCUCAAGGAGCUCGAUUCCUGGCCACUGAGCAUCAGGAGCCGAGCAUGAUGGGAGAUGGAAUAUACAGCCAAGUCAGACCCCAGAUAAAAUGUGAGCCAUCCUAUGGAACAAACUCUAGCGAUGAGUCUGGAUCGUUCUCUGAAGCAGACAGUGAGUCAUGUCCUGUGCAAGACAGAGGACAUGAGGUGAAACUUCCAUUUCCUGUAGAUCAAAUCACAGAUCUUCCAAGAAAUGAUUUCCAGAUGAUGAUAAAGAUGCACAAAUUAACCUCAGAGCAAUUGGAAUUUAUCCAUGAUGUUCGGCGGCGCAGUAAAAACCGAAUUGCUGCCCAGCGCUGUCGCAAGAGAAAACUGGACUGUAUUCAGAAUUUAGAAUGUGAAAUUCGCAAAUUGGUUUGUGAGAAAGAGAAGCUUCUGUCAGAAAGGAAUCAGCUGAAAGCAUGCAUGGGAGAAUUAUUAGAUAAUUUCUCCUGCCUUUCUCAAGAAGUAUGCCGAGAUAUGCAAAGCUCCGAACAGAUCCAAGACCUUCACCGAUACUGCCCUGUGCUCAGGCCUAUGGAUCUUCCAACAGCAGCUAGUAUCAACCCUUCAUCAGGUGGAGUGGAGCAAAAUGUAGUGACAUCCCAGUGCAUUGGAGAAGGCUUGCAGUGCUGUUCAGAACAAAGCCCAGUACAGCAGCUGGGAGCCCACUGGCUACCCAACAACAUUUCUGACAAAUGUGCUGCAAGAGGACUGGAUGGAGCUGACCAAGUUACUUAUUCUGAGCAGGAGCUCCCUCUGGAGCAGAACAACCAAGCGGUGACCAUGGAUUUCUGUCAGGAAAUGACAGAUAAGUGUACAACAGAUGAGCAGCCUAGGAAGGAGUACACCUAGUGUUUGGUAUACCUUUUACAUCACACCUAGCAAGGUCUCUUCAGUCAGUCAGUCAGUGGCCACGAUCAUUUGUUGUCUAUAUUGAACAACAUACUUGGUGCACACUACAGUGGUCUUAGCAGCAAUACUGUUUUUUAAGUAUUCCAUCCUCUCUACAAAGCGGGAGUUAACUUCUUCACUAUGGUGCUAUCCCAUGCUCAGGCAGGGGAACAAAGCAGUGGCAACACUGUCUGAUUCUUUUUUAUUGUUGUUGUUGUUAUUGUUACUGUAUUUUAAUUUCAAUAUUCAACAGGGAUGGACAUAACACCUCUGAGGACCCAAACGCAGCUUUUUCUCAGUGGCCCAUGUCACAAAACCCUAACUCAGGAAUUUCCUCUGAAUGUUCAAUUUUUCAUUGAAGACAGCUUCUUUACACAUCAAAGUUUUAUAGCUAAACUGUACAUAU